UCCGCAUUGCUUUAGGCACCGGAUUCAAUGAAACAAGUCAGCGUUAACCAAAUGUACUGCUCAGUUUUGACAAAACUGUCAAACUUUGAAGCAGUCGUAAACGUUUCGGUCGUUUUCAUAAAACGUUUUAUUUGAAUCGGCUACGGUAAUAAUAAUAAUAAGAAGAAUAAUUGGACGGGAAUUAAACAGCGUUAAUAAAUCUGUAUAUUUCCUCGUCUUGAACAUUGUACUGAAUCAUAAUUUGAAUAUGUUUAAAGCGAUUAUCUUAAUUGGGGGCCCUCAAAAAGGUACCAGGUUCCGUCCUCUGUCAUUCGAGGUGCCCAAACCACUGUUUCCUGUGGCAGGGGUUCCCAUGCUGCAGCAUCAUAUAGAAGCAUGUUCCAAAGUUCCUGAUGUGAAAGAGAUCAUCCUAAUAGGUUUUUAUCAGCCCAACGAGGAGCUAAACCACUUCAUUUCUUCUGCUCAGCAGGAGUUUAAAGUCUCAAUAAGGUACUUGCAGGAGUUUGCUGCCCUGGGUACAGGUGGUGGGAUCUAUCAUUUUCGUGAUCAGAUCCUGUCAGGAGGGACGAAGGCAUUUUUCCUUAUGAAUGCAGAUGUAUGCUCUGAGUUCCCCUUGCAAGAAAUGCUCCGGUUCCACCGACAACAUGGGGACAGUCAUUGUGGUGUCAUACUUGGAACCACAGCCAAUAGAAAGCAAUCCUUGAACUACGGUUGCAUUGUUGAAAACCAGCAAACAAAUGAGGUGCUCCAUUUUGUCGAGAAACCCAGUACAUUCGUAAGUGACAUUAUCAACUGUGGCAUCUAUUUAUUCACACCAGACAUUUUCAGCCAUAUUGGGAAGGUUUUCCAGACGAACCAACAAGAGAAGCUCCAAGAAGAGCUCACCUAUGGUAGACAGAUGCCAGAGGUGAUUCGUCUGGAACAGGACAUCUUUACAAGCCUAGCAGGACAGAAAAAACUCUACGUCUAUAAAACCCAGCAUUGCUGGAGUCAGAUCAAGUCUGCAGGGUCAGCAAUAUAUGCUAGCCGCUUAUACCUCAAACAGUAUCAUCAGACACAUCCUGAGAGACUGGCCACAAACCAGGAUGGAACCCCACAAAUAAUAGGAGAUGUUUACAUUCACCCUACGGCAAAUAUCGACCCCUCAGCUGUGCUGGGUCCUAAUGUUUCCAUUGGGAAAGGUGUGACAAUUGGCGGAGGUGUAAGAGUGAGAGAAUCCAUAAUUUUACAUGGAGCCAUUUUACAGGACCACUGCUGUGUAUUAAACAGUAUUGUUGGGUGGGACAGUUCAGUGGGGAAGUGGGCAAGAGUGGAGGGAACCCCAAGUGACCCGAACCCCAAUGACCCUUUUGCCAAGAUUGACAGUGAGACAUUGUUCAGGGACGGAGGACUGACUCCAUCCAUCACCAUCCUUGGCUGCAAUGUGAAUAUUCCUUCAGAGGUCAUCAUCCGAAACUCUAUCGUCUUGCCUCAUAAAGAUCUCAACCGAAGCUUCAAAAACCAGAUUAUCUUAUAGAAGGUUUUGACUAGAGACUCCUGAGUAAAAACAUUGGGUCAAGUAGAAAGUAUAUAGCCUACAAUUUGCACAAAGCAUUUAUUAAUUUUUAUCGGUUCUGUAUUUGAUAUUCACAGAUCAUUGAAAAUGUUUUGAUCCGAUUGUAUUAUGAAAACGAAUGAGGUGCAUAUUACGGUUAAACAGUAAUGCAUUUUUCUGAUAAUUCCAAGACUUGGAAUUUCGUACUUGAUGUUAUGCUGAAGCACUGGCCUUGUCCUCAUGGGAUAACACAACACAGCAUAAAUCUGUGUGGUUAUCUGAUUUGUAUUUUUCUGAUUUCUGGAGGUCUAAUUAGCUGGAAUAGUCCUUAGUCCUUAAUUACAAAUGACUAAAAUAUAAUGGGGAGUGAGCAAUAAAGUUUUGAUUAAAAACUUAUGUAUUUGGAGGCACAUAGUAUACAGUAGUUCACAUAUUGUGCUGGUCAUCGUGGGUCCUCAAGGGCAUGAAUAGAAAAGGGUUCAGCCUUUUUAACGAAGAGGGCUUACUGUUAACUGUUCCUGUUUUCUCUUAGGAGAACAUAACGACUGUGCAUUAAAUCAUCUAAGAAAAUACAGGAAACAAGAUGAGUUUUAUGCCAAAAUUAGCACAGACUGUGGCCUGAUUUUUCUGUACUUAAAAAAUAAAUCAAAUAAAAAAAUGAAUCUUG